AUGUAAUUUCGACGCGCGACUCCAUUUUGAAUCUUUGCCGUGAGUGAACGUUCUUCCGAGGAGGAGUUUCUCUCGUUGCGCCCAUCGGGGGAUCAUCUUCAGAAAAUGCUCUUCAAAUAUGUUGUUGGGAAGUUGCGCCCUUUUAACGCCAUAGAUAUCGCCAAGUGUGGUGUACACAAAUGCACGACGAUUUCAGACACGACGUCGAAAGAGGUGAUCGGGACGCAUACGAGAGUGCAGGGAUGGGUGCGCGCGCUCCGAAGGAUGAAGGAUAACAUAUUUGUUGACAUUUCCGACGGAUCGACCAGCGAAAUGUUACAAGUUGUUAUACCAAAGUCCCUUAAGACCGAUCAGUUGACUUAUGGAAGUAGCAUCAGCGUGGACGGCGAGUUAACUGUGGCCGCUAACGGUAAGACCGAGCUGCGCGCGAGUAACAUUCACGUAAUUGGCACGUGCGAUGUUCUAAAGGACGAGUAUCCGUUCGCACCGCGAAAGAGAUAUCAUCAGGAUUACGUCAGGCAGUACUUGCACCUAAGACCGAGAACACGCAGCUUCUCAAGUUUGUUGAGACUGCGCGAUCUCGCCACCUGGUCGAUUGGCGAACACCUGAGAGACAGAGGUUUCAUAAGCGUGCACACGCCAAUCCUGACGUGUAACGAUUGCGAGGGCGCGGGUGAGGUAUUUUCUGUCAGACCGCACUCCAAAGAGAUCAUGAAAAGUAUGAAACGCGAGGAUCAGACUGAAGACGAGGUCUUUUUCAAUACAACCACCUUUCUCACUGUUUCCGGACAGUUGCAUCUGGAAGCGGUCGCAAGAGCUCUCACAAGAGUGUAUACAUUUGGACCUACAUUUAGAGCAGAAAAUAAUAAGUCAAGGUUACACUUGUCAGAAUUUUACAUGCUAGAAGCAGAGAUAGCUUUCCUCACGGAUAUCGAACAAUUGAUGAACGAAAUUGAGCUCUUGGUGAAACAAGUGACCAAGCAGAUCUUUGAAAAGGGAGCUUCGGAUGUACAUUCGAUCGGCACGUCCGAACCACAGUGGUUAAACAAACCAUUCGCGUGUUUAACGUAUGACGAGGCGUUCGACGUGCUGAAUAAUCAUGCAAAUCAGUUACAAAACCCCUCUAAGUAUGGAGAAGCAUUCUCGAAAGAACAUGAAUUAUUUUUAGUACAGUACAAUGACCGAGUGCCGAUGUUUGUUAUAAACUGGCCGAAAGACAUGAAAUCGUUUUACAUGAAAGAGUGCACAGACGAUUCAUCCAAGGUAGCAGCGCUGGACCUUCUAGCGCCAGAUGUGGGAGAGUUGGUGGGAGGCAGUAUGCGCGAGGAUGAUUAUGAAAAAUUACAAUCCAAACUACCUGUAACGGGAAAUCUCUCGUGGUACUUAGAAUUACGUAAAUUUGGCAAUGUACCAACAGGUGGUUUCGGAAUGGGAUUCGAGAGAUUCCUGCAGUGCGUUUUAGGAAUCGGCAACAUCAAGGACACUUUGCCCUUUCCGAGAUGGCCGCACAAUUGCAACUUAUGAAUAAAGAUUUCAGGACUGUUGUGUUAUUUAAUUUACUUCCCCAUUACCAGGAGAAAAAAAAAAUACGUCGCGCGUAUAUAACUUUGUAGGAAAUAAAAUUCUUUUUUCUCUAGGAAACCACUCUUGAGGAUGCAAACUUCGAAGGAAAUUAAUUGGAAAGUUCGUCCGGGUUGCGAUUUAACACACAAACACACCAGUUUUCUUAUCUGAAAUGCAUAGUUUAUUGAUUAUUGGAUAUUAUACAACAACAAAGGAUUUUAAACUUUCUUUAUUAAUGUCUUUAUUGUUCGAUCUGUUUAUGCACUUCUCGAUGCAUAGACGUAGUAUAUCCUAAAUAAUGCUGAUAAAGCCUAUGAUAAAGAGGAUUAUCGUAGAAAGGUCAAAAAUGAGGGUCACACCUGUGGUAAACAAGGAUUUUCUUUUCUCUUUUAUAUAAGACAAAAAUAAUGCUCGUCUAAUAAUCGCAGUCCUCCAUAUAUGGUGUCAUUGUCGUCAUCUUGUUUGUUUGUGUGUUUUUUUUUCAGUGGAUCUCUACGUACAAACGGACAAUCUCGCAUAUCACAAUUUGUACACUUCCAAUCAGAAAUUGUUUCCUCUCUCUCUUCAUGUGCUUGCUCGAUGCAUUCACUCCGCAAACAGUUCGCUAGCACAAUUUUUACACAAUAGCGCUCAAAAAAAAAACGAAAAAAAAAAAAAAAAAAAAAAAUUAUUCGAUGGGUUGAAUCAUCAUGUGGAAG